GUUUGUUUCUCGAAGGAAAUGUUUUCUUUCUAAGUUCAAAGCUGCAAAAUACGCAAAAUUUGUUCAAAAAAAUAAGAAAUAAGUUUUCUAGUGCGAUACAUCGGAGCAAUAAACUAUGAACAAACUAAAGCUCAACCAAAAGGACAAGGUAAAGAAAUUCAUAUCCCUCACACAUACCGGAGAACAGACGGCCAUCCGAUGCCUGCAGGAUAAUGAGUGGAAGCUCGAUCUGUCCUGUGACACCUACUUCCAAAACCCGGACCUGUACUACCGGGAGCUGGACAGGAAAAAGAUCGAGCAGCUGUUCAGCCUGUACCGCGAUCCGGCGGAUCCGAACAAAAUCAACUCGGACGGCGUAGAGCGCUUUCUGGAAGAUCUGCAUCUCAAUCCCGAGUCGAAGCUGGUGCUCAUCAUCGCCUGGCGGUUCAAGGCGGAGGCACAGUGCGAGUUUUCCCGCCAGGAGUUCAUCAGCGGGUUCUAUGACCUCGGCGUGGACAGCAUAGACAAACUGAAGGAGAAGCUUCCGCGGCUGGAGCAGGAGCUGAAGGAUCCGGGACGGUUUAAAGAUUUCUACCAGUUCACCUUCAACUACGCCAAAGAUCCUGGCCAAAAGGGAUUGGAUCUCGAGAUGGCCAUCGCGUACUGGAACAUUGUACUUAAGGAUCGGUUUAAGUUUCUCGAUCUUUGGUGCAAGUUUCUAGAGGAGAAUCACAAACGGUCAAUUCCGAAGGACACAUGGAACCUACUCCUCGAUUUCGCCACCUACAUCGACGACAGUAUGUCCAACUAUGACGCUGAAGGUGCCUGGCCGGUGCUGAUUGAUGAUUUUGUCGAGUGGUGUCUGAAGCAGAACAAGGUAACCCAUCCAUCCGUAAUCACGUCGACGACAGGCCACGGCCAUGGGGGCGGCUGCAGCACGACGCUGCCACAACAUCUGCCCUCCACCUCGGCUAUGAUGAGUAACGUCGGGCCGGGUGUUGCGACCGCCACAUCCACAUCGUCGACGAGCAACCCGUACGGUGGGAGCCGAUCGAGCCCGUACGGUCCGGCCGGUAGUACGGCCAAUAUGUACUACUAGGAAACAGCCAGACCCAUGCUAGUGUCUCUCUUUCUCGUUCUCUACUUCUCUCUUUGCAAUUUUUCCUGUGCUACGCAUCAGAAAGACUUCAUAAGUAGCUAUCAUCUGUCCACGAUGUAUGAAAUGCAACGUGAGUGAAAAUUCAAAUAAUAAUUAAAAGUUUUGGCCAUCCAUUGGAGAGCAGAUUGGAAUAGAAGAGAUACUCCGAAGCGUCGCUGCUUUCGCUAUCCUGCAAUAUCCCGUUAGUUUUACUUGCCCGUUUGUUUCUUUCCAAUAUAGUGUUCCCAACAUCCCCCUUUUUCUUCUACUGUUAACUGUCACGGCCGUGGAGAUCCAACGUGGUGACUCUUUCGUAGGGCAAACUCAGCCACUCGAACGGUAGUGGACUACGGCAGCAAGAAACGAUCCUCAACCCACGGAUGAGAUAUUAGCGAAAUUGAGUGAAUUUUGUAUUUUGAGCGCGCGUGUUUAGCUCUUGUUUUUGUUUUCAACAUCUGCAAGAAACUUUGUCAGUCGAACUUUUGUGUACCGUGUUAUGUUAUAUUGUUAUUUUUCGGUUCAUACUACGGCUCCCGUAGCCAUAUAAAAUCUCGAAGGUUUAGAAUAGAAAAACAAGAGAAACAUACAAGCUACAAGGGAAAGGAGAGAUGUGAACGUAUAAAAUAGCAUCAUUUUGAAAGUAAAUUAAGGCAAUAUCGUAAACUUGGUAAAAGCAAAAAGGGAAGUGUUGUGAGUGAACGGCAAAAUUCAACUAUGUGCAUCAACAAGAAUAUUAACCCUCUAGCAGAAGAAAAAAAAAACCAUUGCAAAACAGAAUGAAUCACACCAAUAAUUAAGUUACGAUUGUAAAUUUAAAGGAUUGUCUUGUUGUCUUAUUAUUUGUGUUUUUUCCGAACGCCGUUAAGGGUUACGAUAAGUAUAGUACUUUAAAAAAAGGCUCUAGUUUAAGA